AUGUUUGAACGAGAAACUGCAGCGAGAACAGCCCUAAUGCUGACAAACGCUUUUAUUGGAGAAAGUCAAAUCAAUGUCAAACCUGCUGGUGCACCAAGCAGCGAUGAAUGUUUAGAUGAUGGUGAAGGAUAUGAUGGUCAAGAAGGAAAACCAAAAUUAAUGAUAUUCGCGGAAAUUUUAGCCGCCGGUUAUCAAUUAUCAGAAACCAUACUCAAUAAAGGUGCUAAAUUCGAUGCUAAAUAUGGUUUUAGCGCAUUUGUCAAGCAAUAUUGGUCCUUUGUCCAAGCAUACUGUUUGGCAUUUGAUGACAAAUAUAAAGUAUACGAUACUGUUACUGCCAAAGCACAUGAAAUAGAUACCAAAUAUUCAGUUCAAGAAAAGGUACAUCAAGUUCAAGACAAAGCACUCGGUUCAUCCACCGGUAAACUUGUUGUUGACCUUUAUGCAAACGCAACGAAACAAGUCGGUGAUAUUCAUUGUUUGGCAAAGCGAAUCGCAAAUGAGAGAAAAUCAGCUCACGCAGACAAUACCAUUGAAGCUCACUAA